AUGCACUCGCCCCUGGCCUGGCGCAGCGUCUUACUGCUGAUAGUGCUUGUAGUGCUGCUUGUUGCGGUGACGGCGGCACGGCUGCUCCAGGUGGUCUUGCGGACCCACAAUCGCUCUCGACGCUCCCGACAGACUGAUGAAGCGUCGCUGGCGGUGUUUCUCGGCUCAGGCGGCCACACGGCCGAGAUGAUGCGUCUCGUCGCCCACCUCGACUGGCGCCGGUUCUCGGGGCGAACUUGGAUCAUCUCGUCGGAGGACCUGCUGAGCGAGGCCAAGGCUUUGGCACUGGAGAAACAGAUUGGAUCGGGAGAGUUCCGCAUCUUGCGGAUCCCUCGCGCACGCCGAGUACACCAAUCCUACCUCACCUCACCCUUCACGACCCUAUACUCGCUCGCCUACUGCCUUUGGCACAUCGCUGUUGCACCUCUGCUCGACAGUCGGCAGAGACGAGUCUUUGCGGACGUCGUUCUGCUGAACGGGCCAGGAAGCUGUGUACCCAUCAUCUGCGCUGCAUUCCUACCUCGACUCGUCUCCCUUCCCUCACCCGCCCUGAUCUACGUCGAAUCCCUCGCCCGCACACGUCGACUUUCGCUCUCGGCAAAACUCGUCCGCCCCUUCGUGGACCGUUUCUUCGUACAGUGGGACUCGCUGCGAGACGAGUUGGCGAAGAAGGAGGAGGCGAAAGGUGGGAGACGGUGGAGGCUGAAGGCGCGUGUAGAAUGCCAGGGCUGGUUGGUCUGA